AUGAAACACGAGGACAAAAGAAGUGGUAGCGCCAGCAGCACUGAUGCUUGCACAGGCGGCGAAGAGGGUGGCUCCUCUGUCAACGGCCCCGCCUCCCCACUCAGUCGGGGCAGCGCAUUGGCCGGGGUGGCGCUCCUGGCGACGCCUGGCGACAAUGCUAGCAGCAACACCAAUCCUUUCGACGUGGAGCCUGAGCAGCUUACACAGCCAUCCUGUUCGCCGUCCAUGUUCCUGUCGAGAAGCCGUCAGACGCCAGGAUCGCGCCGGUCAUUCAGAUGGUCAAUCGAGCAGAUGGCCGGCUUGUGGCCUGUGAACAUCGAGGAGGAAGAGCCCAGCUUUCCGCAGACAGCAAGGAGUGACGCCCUCUACGAGGAGCAGUCCCAGCAGGCCAUCGAGCUGUUCUUCUCGCGCCACGAGAUCGUCCCAUCACCAUGGGAGGCACCAUCGAGGAUGAGGAGCGCAUUUGUGGCCUCCAAAGGCCUUCUUGAUGGCAACAACACAUUAUCAGGACGGGAGCCUCAGUCAUCCUCAGCUUGGAGCCAGACGACCCUCUCGAUACCCCCGGAUGCUGACCUCAGCUCGCUUUUGGGCGAGUACUUCACCUUCCAUACGGCUCAGGACAAGCAGACGGCCAGUCAAGCAAACAACUCCCGCGACUCCCUUCGGCGCAAGCUUUUCUGCAAUGCAGUGGAGGGGAAAGUUAACUAUCCCGAGAGGCGGGAGAGCCAACGGCUAAGCGUGCUGAUGGACGGCCCCAUCAGGAGGCAAUCUUCGACGCCCGUGCACAUGGCACUGUGCUCGAGCCCUAUUGGUGGCGGUGGCUUGCGCGCACGUUGCAGCCAGGGUUCGAGUCCAGAAGGUGAAGGCAUGCAGCUGUCGCCCAUCUGCCGGCAAGCACGCACCAAGCCAUUGCUUGGAACCCCUCAGCAGCAACGGAACCUGAAAAUACCCGAGCCCGAGGAAUCUCUUCCCUCCACUGACGAGGAUGACCGCAGUGACCACACCGAUGAGAGCGUAGCAACCAGCGGAGGUGCGGGAGACAUGUCAGUGCUGACGGCUGGUGACCGGUCGGACUUCAUGCAGCUCAGCCCUUCUUCCAACGGAUCAAGGCAGCGCGAACCUCUAUGACGACGGCCUCAUUUUAGUCUCGCGAAAAGUGACUUCUGUUUUCACACUGCCAUUAGGGGUGGUCGUGCUUGUACCUCCAGGCCAUCUGUGGUCAAGUCUGUUGGUGUGACGGCAUGCAGUGAUGUCCUUCCCACAGUGUGAUGUAGCGGACACGUGGCAGAAAGGGAACUGUGGUACGAAGAUGUUUGCAACUUACUUCAAACUUGGAUGAGCAAACGUGUAUGCUCCAGUGCUGCUUCGGUGCUUGGCAUGCCUUGAAAAUUGCUGAAGUGUGAUGCCGAGGUGUGACGCUCAUCUGUUCCUUGUCUUCGGGGCGCAUUCAGUCAUGUCAUGCGACAGUGGGAUCGCAGUGCUUUCUGCUGGUGCGGUGCCUGCAGUUCAAUGUGUUUGACAGUGCGUGAAAUACUAUCGAGAGUGUGCUUCUCUGCCUUGCUUUGCUUGGCCCAGCCAUGAUGAGCUUCGCACCAAAAAAAAGAAAGAUGCAAUCACGAGGGUUUAUGCCACUGUUCUUGCAACUUUUCAGUCCCUCCUCCUUUCCUAGAUAAGCACACAGCCUUAAUAGUCAUCAGCAAUGCAAUUGUGAUAACUGCCGUUCUAGUUGGGGCAGUCCUUGCAUGCAGAGAAGCCUACUUGCGGAAUAUCGCACGAUCUCUUAUACUGUGGUUUCGAAUUGCCAGCAGCUUGAGUUGAAAUACAUGUAAGGCUGUACAGGUAUACCCGGGCAUUAUGUAAACAUUUGUAGCUGAAAGCACUGGAUAUGUUUUUACUGGUCCAAAGAAUAUCAUAUCUGCCAGAUACUUGCAUUCGAGUCUGUUGAUGCCAGCAGCACUUGUGUCUGCAUUACUUCUGCAGUGGAAUACAGUGGCAUGCGAGGCAUUUCUCUCUCGAAAGUGUCAUUGACACGGGCUGAAAAGUUGAUAUAAGGUAGGCUGUGCUCACAAGAGUGGAAGGUUGUUAGGCUUGUUGACUUUUUUUUCAUAAUUAAGCAUGCAAAAAGCAAGAGAGGCAGCAGGCAUCUGCUUUUUUUGUCGUCUCUUGCAUUUUCUUUUGCACUGUACACCCUUGUCACGUGAGCAAGUUGAGUUUCCUUUUGAGUUGCAGGUUUUCAUGUCUAAAGCUUUGUGACAUUAUAAGAACACUUUGGAACUGUGUCAGGCUUGCGAAGUUAGAAGUAUCCCACAACCAUAGUUGGGCAGGCGAGCUUGCAUACAGCAGAGAAAUUGUUUAUAGCUUUUUUUUUUUACUUUUAUGAGAAGGCAUAGUUUUAUAUUUUCAAAUUUUAGGCAUGCUGGCAACAUAUUGCAGACAACUUUGUCUAUUUUUGGAAGUUUUUAGUUCUGUUUUACUCUGUUGAAGGAUUGCGGGAAAGUGGAACCUAUUUUUUACUGCCCCCCGUGUUGUGCGAGUUGGUGUGCUGCAGUUUCGACAUCUGACUUCUCAUAGGGGUGUUCAAAUAACGAAAGUUUCCUAUUGAGCACGAAGAUUAAAAGGAAAACUUGCUUCAGUUAUGUUGAAUGCCAGUUGCAUCGCUAUACCUAAAAAAUAUAUAUAUAGACUUUGCAUAAGUUGAGGCAACUAAUCUAGAUUACGUCGUAUGAGAAAUAAAUAUUUCACACAUUAUCUUCAAAACUGCAUCAGCAUUGCCUAUGGAAGCAUAGCUUCUUCAAGCAGUGUUGACAGGCAUGGGUAAAUAUUUUGAGUUGAACUGUAUUCGUAGCAAAUACAUUAAAGGGAAUUAAAGGGAAAUAGAGUCAAGCUGUACCAGUAAAUUAUGCUGCUGUAAUGGCACAUCGGCCACUCUUUAACCAUGAUGGGAAACUUGGAAGCAAUAAAAAAUGCAAAAACAAACAGAAAAACACACACCAUGCUUAACUGAAGCUCCUGUACCAGUUCUUCAGGAUGUCAUAGAUUUUUAAAUCAUCUACUUGGGCCUUCUUAGCUCUAACUGAUGCAGCAGUAAUGUAGCCCCCAGCCAUGGUGGCUAGGUGGCUAUGGUGUUGCACUACUCAGCACGAGGUCACGGGUUCUGCUCCAGACUUCGGGAGCCGGAUUUCAGUAAGGAUGGAAUCCAGAGACACUCCUGUACAACACUUAAAGUAUGUUAUAGAAGCCUAGGUUGUCAAAGUAAACUCCGUAAUGUUGAACAUAUCGUUUAUGCUUUGCCGAGUUUGAUACCUCAUAAUUCUGAUUCAAGCACGAGAAACAUAACACAUAGCCUACAGUAGCAUUCUUGAUUAGCUGGAGCAAGUGUUCAAUAAUGGAUACUUCAGUAAGCCCAGUGGCUAAUUAAUUACUAAUAAAGUUUUUAGUCGAAAUGUUCAAUGCCUGGCAAUUCAAAUGUAGUACUUGGGCCACAUGGUGGUGAGCACUGAUGGGCCAUGUGCAGCCAUAGUGAAUUGCAAAUGGUCUCGCUCUCAUUGUAUACCACAAUGCAUCAGCUUGGUUUUCGCAGUUCCACCGGUGGCCCAGCAAGAGCACUUACGAAUCACAUUUGCAUCGUAGAGCACCGUACUUGCCAUUGAAAAAAAAUACAGGUCAAGGGCGUAUAAAAAGAAGUGUGCCUGUGCAUGUAUAUAAAUGCUAUUUUUGGCAGUAAACGCUGGUGCCGGUCACUUCCAUUCGUAUGUCCUAGUUUCCUGCAACUGUCCUUGUUCUCUUGCCAGGUUGAUUCAUAUUUGAAAUUUCGAACAUUUGGACACUCCUACUCCUCGGUCGUAGAUUCUUUGCUCUGGAGUCUGCCAAAGGAGCCAUGAGCACUGCAGCAAUAAGAUUUUUGUGCCAUUGAAUGUAGCGGGUCAUGUCAGACUUGUCGAGUUUAGCGACUGCAAUGUUUCCUUCCACUUUCUUGAAACUCGAUGUGUUUAUUUGCAUGCAAAUGUGAAAAGGUCUUAAAGUGCUGCUUUUACUUUGUUGAAACCUACUCUGUGGUUGUAUUGAAGUGUGCAAUGAAUCUGAAUUGUCUAAGCCUGCCAGAAUUGCUUUUUGUAGCCUAGAAAUGCCUGUUACCUCAUUUUAGAUAUUUCUUUAUUUUUAUUGCUUGCAUGUUAUCAUGCGACAUUUAUUCUUUUCUUCACUCUUCCCAUUGGCACUCCUGUGAAAGCACCACCACAUUUCUAGUGAUGGCAUUCUGUUUUAAUCUACAAGUGCAAGGCUUUCUUGUUCUCAUGUGAACUCGGCUACUGUUUUUUACCAUAGCAGUAUACUUUACAUUUAUCCUCAUCUUCCCACAUGUUCUAAAAUGCUCUCAUGAACAUGAUUCUGAAUGAUU